CAAAGUUUCCGGUUCUCUUCGGCUAAUCCUCAUCUUUUUCCUUCGACGAUGGAAGCCGAAAUAGCGUCUAUUUCAUUUGCACAACAACUUUCCAAAUCCUUCUCAGACGAGCAAUGAAUAGUCAACCUCGCGUACCCGCCCGAACUAUGCGCCGUUAACCGAAGCAAAGCGCAACAAUGAAAAUGCGACAUGGGUGACACCUCCCAUGAUUGCUAACGAUCAAGAAGUGCUGGACCAAAUCAAAAUCAUAAUUGGUGGACACUUUCUUGGGAACUGGGCAACCUACACGGAUGUUGACCCCAAGGUCCGUGAACUAUGGUGGAACCUGUUCAAGGGCCGGUUUCGAUGGACUGAAGCACAAGGCCCCGCUAUUCUUAGAGCCUAUAAUGCUAGGAUUUUGAACUGGCUUCGGCCCACUUUUAGGUGUGCCCGAGCGCGUGGGGUGCAGCCUAGAUGUUGUUCGGAUGAGGUGUGGGCCAACCUCGUCCGCCACUGGACUCUUGAUCCAAACUUCUUGGCAAGGAGUGAAUCCGGUAAGAAAAAUCGGAUGUCCGAGAAGGCAUUGGAAACCCAAUGGCACGGGGGUCGCAAACCUCAGAGUAAACAUAGAGAAACUCUUGCGGGGCCUAAGAAGAAUAAGGUCUCGAUCCUCAAGGUCAUCAAACAUUGUUGGACAAAGCACGGCGAUGAGUCGGAAGCCGAUCUGCCACCCCGCCUCGCCAAAAUCGAAACGAAGUACAACACAAAUGUUGAGAAGAAGCGGGCGGAAUUAGGCUUGACCCAGGAGGAUGAGAUCGAUUCUGAUGUGGAAGAUGAUGCGAUCCUUGAGGUAGCUGGGGUGUACAAGGGUCGGGUUCCGUGCAUGGGGGCUGAAGGGCAACGGAUUUUGUACGACCGCAGCGGCAACGGAGCUUCAUCUUCUCGAUCAAGGCGGGGAGAGGACCCAUGCAUCGCCCAAAUGCAGCGAGAAUUGGAGGAGGAGCAGCGGGCAUUAGAGAAGCAACGAAAGAAGGAGGAAGAAACAAGAGCCCGGCUGGAAGCGAUGGAACGGAUCUUAAACGCCGGAUAUCAGCCUCAUCCUCGGCCGUACAUAUUGCACCCCGAGCAGACUCCUCAAGUUCUGCACAUGGGCAAUAUGGGUUAUCAUUCUAACUCCGGAUAUGGUAACAUGCCUAUGAUGGAUCCGACAUUCGGAUCUCUGUCGUAUGGUUUCUUGAAUCAAUUUCUGUCAUCCGGAGGAUCCAGCCGUGGAGCGAGCCGAGGAGGUAGCCGAGGAGGCAACCGAGGAGGCAGUCGAGGAGGAACCCGACCCGAAGACCCCGUGGAGCCCGAAGACGACGACGACGACGACGAUGAUGAUGAUGAUGAUGAUGAUGAUGAUGAUGAUGAUGAUAAUCAUAGUUUUUAUCAUAAUGGAGUCCGACGGCCG